AUGGAAUCAAGUCGAAGCUCAAGCCCUGCAAAACUAACUGAUACCUUUCUGACUCAGUUUCAAAGAUUGAAGAUAUCGAAAGAUAACGAUAUCACUGGAGCUAACCUUGAUACAAUAAAUGCCCUGUAUUCUGAUCUGAAUAGCUGUGUAAUGAGCUUAGACCAAAAGGUUGGGGGAGUUCUGAAAAAGCAUGAACUAGAGUUUCUAAAUGAGUAUAAAGAGAGAAUGUACAGAAUCCAAAAAGAAAUGAGAAUCCUUAAGGAAAAAGCGAAUGAAGCUGAAUCUCAAAGGAGAAAAGUUGAAAAAAUUCAAUCAUUGGAAAAAGAAAGAGAUAUGCUAAGAGAAAAGGCUGAGAAAUUGGACAGAUUAUGCAAAGAACAAAAAGAAAGUGUGGAUACUUGAAAAAAUAAAGCUGAAGAGAUGGAAGAUGACAGAAGAUUUUUGGAAGAGCAAAUAAUUGCAGCAAGAAAACAAAAUCAGCAUUUGCAAGAGCAACUUAAACUUGUUGAAGAGCAUAAUCAUGUAAACUCGCUUGCACCUGAUCCAUCAUUAGAAGAAAAUAAUACAGGCCAAACAACAGAAAGCGUUGAAAACCAAAUCUGAGUAUCCAGUGAACAAAGUGAAUUCGGAAAAUCUGCAAUUUCAAGUUUAGCCCUUAAAAAGAGCCAGUUACAGCUGAAUCAAACUUCACUAUCUCCAAGCAAGCAGGCUGACUAUUUCCAGCAAGUGCAAACAAGAUUUAAGCAAAUAGUAUCCCAUCUCCAAAAUCAACUAGAAGUUGAAAGAAAAACGUUAAAAAACUUAAGAGGUGCAAAAACGAAUUUUAUUUUAGAAAAAGGUGAGCUUGAAGACAUAUUUUUGCAGUGUGUUGAAGACGGGAAAAAAGAAAUUUUGGCUAGAAAAUUAAAAGCGUCAAGAUAUCAGCCAAAAAAUAAAAAAAAAUCAACUUUGGAUAGAGAAAGAGAUAUUACGCUGGAUGAAUUCAAAGAUAUUGAUAAGCGAAAAGUUAUGGAGCUUUUUUUAAGCAGUGAGAAAGUAAGAAAGUUUUUAUACGAUAAGAUGUUUUCACAAGAAGGGGAGUUUCCAAGCCAAGCAACCCCUGCUACUAAAAGUAUACAAUCCAGCUUAAGUGGGCCUUUACCUAAAAAGCCAUCAACAACGCAUGGACUUCACGGCCAUGUGUUUAGCAUGCCUUAUUUUGAUGAUGAUAAGCUGCAUAGGCCAAGCACCGCACCUUUAAGAUUUCAAUCUCAUCAUGCACAAUUAAAAAAAUAA